GUGACAGAUGGUAAAGGAAAUGGCAGAAGGGAAAUUAUUUUGGGCAACAUACAGUAGGUCUAUGCUUUUUCAUAUUUUCUUAUUAUAUUCGCUUAUUUACAGUCUCAUGGCUUUAACCCAUCUAUUAAACGUCUGGAUGUUUGCGAUGGAAAGGGGUUAAAGCAGUUUAUUUUCCUCCUGUCAGAAGUACUUACAUCACUGUAAGGUGACAGCUGGUAUGUCAUGAUUGUUUCUGCAUCCCACUAUGCUCUGCGUGCAAGAUACCAGCUUGAACUGAAUAAAACAACUACGGGUAUACUGGCUGCAGGAGUUUUACAAGCAGUGCACGAUUUAUCGGUCAGAGCAGACAGAAAUGAUGACUAAGGCUGAAGGUGACAUUGGUCUCCACAUGAAAACUCUUGACACGGGUGGAUGAAGAAUGUGAGUUUCCGAUCUAAUCUUCUGUCUGGGCAUCAACCUGUCUUUCAUAAAAUCUAUAUUUCAUUCAUUAAAGUCCUGCGCAGAAGGAAAAUCCUUCACAUGGGGGUUUAUGUCCCUCCAGCUUGACACGCAACUGUUCUCUUUCUCCGUUAGGUGGCCUCAGCGACCCACUGCCCCUGCAUGUUUGGCCCUUGUCCUGAUUCAGUUUUAUAACCCACAUCUUACUUUAAUUAAACUACACCACGGUGCAGAUUUAACUGGCUGAAAUUAAGAGAAAGCGCUGCUGAUAACAGUUGGGUUUAAUCGGCACUAUGGAGUUUUAAACCUCUAAACUCUGCAGAUGAGACAGGUGUUACCUGCUGUACUGUCCAUUAGGCAGCAUAGCGGGGUCGGUCGUCAAAAGGUCACCGUCGCAUGCUUUUAUUCCUACUUCACUUUCUCUUGGAUGGGACGUCAGAGCGCCGGAGCGCAGUCUCCGGGAUUUGGCCGCAGACGCGCGCUGAGGCUGCAGGAGGACGCAGCGAGAGCGCUGAUGGCUGAGAGACAUCUGAACACUGUUGUGUGUGUUAUUUAUUCGCGAACAACUGUCUGCGAUGUGGAGCCCAUCGAAGAUAUAAUCGAACUGUUCUUUGGCAUGUUUUAGUCGGACAUGGAGACUGGAUGCCCUUUUGGAUCGACUUUACGCUGUGAAGUUCUUGCAGAAGCGAUGGGACAUUUAUUUUGAAAUAUAAAAUCAAGCUGCUGCUGACCGCGACUCUGUGAAUCAGAGGGCUGCUGAUGACUUAAAUAAGCAGACAGAGGAUUUCUAAAAUUAAAACCGUUUGGGACCCACAAACAGGGCAGACAGAAGAGCUCAUGACCACAGUCAUUACACCGAGGAAUUUUGUUACUACUACCUCUUCAGCACUGCAGCUCAAAUUAUGUCAGAUCUAAUUUACAAAGUCAGGAGGCAAAUGUCCAGCCCAGAGAGGGUUUGCCUCAAACUUCUCAUCCUUCAUCUUUUAUCAGAUGAUACAAUGAUGGAGAUUUUUUGCAAGGCUGGAGCACAGGAGCUUCCUAGAUUCUAAUCCUGUGGAUAUAAUGUAGCACGGCUCUUCAGUAUGACUUAAAUGAACACUCCCCAACCCGCACAUGUUCAGGGAUGGAUCUCAUGAACUUCACAACUGUCAUCGACAAUGGGUUUUUGGAUGAGGCUCCAUCGAGCCGCGUCCUGACUGGCUGUUUCCUCUCGCUGCUCAUCCUCACCACCUUGCUGGGAAACACUCUUGUUUGUGCUGCCGUCACCAAGUUUCGACAUCUGCGCUCCAAAGUGACCAACUUUUUUGUGAUCUCACUGGCCGUGUCAGACCUCUUGGUCGCCAUCUUGGUGAUGCCGUGGAAGGCAGUGACAGAGAUCGCCGGGUUCUGGCCGUUCGGCUCCUUCUGUGACACCUGGGUGGCUUUUGACAUCAUGUGCUCCACGGCGUCCAUUUUGAACCUUUGUGUGAUAAGCUUGGACCGCUACUGGGCCAUCUCCAGCCCCUUUCGCUAUGAGAGGAAGAUGACACCCAGAGUGGCCUAUGUGAUGAUCAGUGUGGCCUGGACGCUGUCUGUGCUCAUUUCCUUCAUCCCGGUGCAGCUCAACUGGCACAAGGCCCAAACUAAAUCUUACACGCCUAUUCCUGGAUCUUCAGGUUUAAAUGCCACGUCUUACCGCAGCCCAGAGAACUGUGACUCGAGCCUGAACAGGACUUACGCCAUCUCCACCUCUCUUAUAAGCUUUUACAUCCCUGUGGCCAUCAUGGUGGCCACCUACACCCAGAUCUACCGCAUCGCCCACAGACAAAUCAGGAGGAUCUCUGCCCUGGAGCGAGCGGCCGAAAGUGCCAAGAACAGACACGACAGUAUGGGCGGAGGCUCCAGCAUCGCAGAGUCUGAGAGCUCUUUCAAAAUGACGUUCAAGAGGGAGACCAAGGUGCUGAAGACGCUGUCGGUGAUCAUGGGGGUGUUUGUGUGCUGCUGGCUCCCAUUCUUUAUCCUCAACUGCAUGGUGCCCUUCUGUGAACAGUCGAGCGGAGGGGAGGCUUUCCCCUGCAUCAGCCCCACCACGUUUGACGUGUUCGUGUGGUUCGGCUGGGCUAAUUCCUCCCUCAACCCCAUCAUCUAUGCCUUUAAUGCAGAUUUCCGCAAGGCCUUCUCCAUCCUGCUGGGCUGCCACAGACUGUAUCCAGGAGGCCACAACAUAGAGACGGUCAGUCUAAACAAGAAAUGACUCAUGACUCUCUCUCAGCACUGACUCAUCCUUACUGCUAAGAGUCAGAGCGUUCCUGUAGAGGCCGGUCUGAUCGGCUUCAAACGAGGACGCUGCUCUCUGUGCUGACUCUUAGUGUGACUGAAGGAUACAGUGACCCUACAUGUACCCGUGUUUGCAUUAGGCGAGUGGCCCGUCUGUGUGCAGAAUGUCAGAGUGAGCUUGCCGUGCUCACCGUGGUCGCUACACUGUCUUCAAAUGGAAGAAGCUCCUGAAAGAGGAGAGGGGAUUUGGGGAUUGAGAUUAAGACUCUCGGCUGUUGGGCCAGGGAGCUGGGAGCGCAGCGGUGCUGACACGCCCCUGGGGAUAGAUAAUCCCAUGAAUGGGCAGCACACACUCUAAUGCUGUCGGACACUGCUCUCUUCAAUACCAUCACACACACGUACCCAAACACAAACACUGUCAAAACAAGCUCCUCCAAAUACAGUGUAAAUGCAGUGCCCAGCAUGCACACUACAACAAAUUACAUGAUAGAAAUAGUUACUAAUUACGUUAACUUCCAGUGCUCUGCAAGGAUUCCAGCAGUAACGCAUCAAACCAAAUCAUGUUUCUACAUACAGUAGAUGAACAUGUAGGCAAAGUACAUCCUCAUGCGACUUAAUAUUAAAGCAAGAAUGAAAAUAGAUUUGAUUUUACAUCUGGCUUGAUCCAUUAAUGUUCUGAGAAAUGGACCCUUGACACUUGUGAUCUGAAUUUAAAUUAAGGUAUACAGACAUGAAAAAGGCAGCUUGGGUGCAGGUCACACUGGAUCAGAAUUGUUAUUUAUAUCUCAUUCAAAUGUCAAAUCCUUACAACUUUAAACCAAAUUUACUCAACAGACACCUCAUAAAUUAUUUGCUUCACUGCUUAAAAGUGUUUUAUGGAUGAGUGUCUCAUAUCACUUUGUGUGUCCUGUAUUUUUCAUAAACAACAGCUGAUGACCUCUUUAAAGAAAAAGGCAAAGACCUAAACAAAGGUUUUGCUUGACUUGUGGUGUCUUUGACUAUUGUGCUUAUUCAGAGGCCGAUACAGAAUUGUAAUUGACUGAAUUAUGUUUAGGUAAAUCAGUUUUAAUUUGCUAUUUAAAGUGAAUUAUUAAAGGAUAAUCUUGGUUUAUAACAAUUUGGGACUUAUUUUUAUAGGUCUGGCUAUCAUUCGUAUAAUCGGCUAUGAUAGCAUCGUACUCACUAAAGUAAUUGCCGACAUCUUGGAACACUGACAUCACCACAAUGAAAUCCGACAGAGCAAGAAACACGAGCAGCCAGACGAUCAGACCAGUUGUAAACCAACCCACAGUGUAGCCAGGUUAUUGAUACCACUUUAUUUGGAGAAAAACCAAAAGUGAACACAAGAAAACUGUGUGCCAUGCACUAGGGCUAUCACUCUUUCAAAAAAUUUAGAAAGAAAAAAGUUAGAAUAAGAAUAAUAAGAAUAAGAACUAACACAUAAUGCAUUUGAAUUCAUUCGAAAACACAUAACCUUAUCCUAAACCAUGUUGUAAAAUAAACCGUUCAUUCGAUGCCUCUGCUGCCUCACUUGAGUGACAAGCUAACGUUCCUGUAAUACAGUUGCAUUUCACAAAAUCAGGACACAGCCUUGCCCAUGAUUUUCCAAAUCCAAAAGGCUUCCUCACAAUGCAGUUUGCUUGUUUUCUACAUUAUCCGUGUGCAAUUGAUUGGAUGGUCAGUGCAUUUUAUGAAUGCCCCCCAUUGGAGGACAAGGCACAGCCAGUUGCGCUUACACACUGUGAAUUUUGAUUUCAAACAAAUAAUAACAGAUCAAAUUUUUUAUAAUUUCCUAUUUUUGGACGGUAGCAAUCCUCAACAGUAGUAGCAACUAAAGUAGGUUUGGUAUGUCAUAGUUGAACAAGGAAGUCAGUCUGUAAACUGUGAUGGGUGUUUACAAUGGACAGUUUGUGUAAUAAUUUUUACGGUUUGCCUUCGUUUUCUCUUCCAUAAAAGCCUGGCUAAACUGAAGGUUUGUUUGACUGCCUGUAUCUGUUGUCUCGUCAGAGAGACAUCAGUGAUGUCACCAUGUUGCAAGAGCUCAGCAGUUAAAGAAAUAGUUCUACAGUAUAAUUUGGGAAGUAUGACAAUUAGCUUUCUUGCCUGACUUCAUGGAGAGCCUGGCAACCUCACAGUGACACAACAAGACUCCUCACAACAAGACUUCAGGAAGUCACUGCGCCCGGUCAAGAAAUAGUCCCACACGACCUGUGUAAAACCACAACUUGUUGUUUUCACACUUCGGAUCAACCAAAUAAGAAACAAUGAGUAAAUUAAUGAGCUUUAGAGGUGCUGAUGCGCCUUUUUCUUUUCUUUUUUUUUUUUGACUUUUGGACAGAGCCAGGCUAACAGUUUCCCCCUGCUUCCAGUCUUUAUGCUAAGCUAAGCUAACCAGCUCCUGGCAGUAGCUUCAUAUUUAAUGCACAGAUUUGAGCGUGGUAUCAAUCUUCUCAUCUAACUUUUGGCAAGAAAGCGAAUAUGCUUAUUUCCCAAAAUGUCAAGCUAAUCCUUUAUCUCGGUGAGUACAAUUUUAUCAUGACUGAUAGAAAUUAUGGCCAAAACUAUGAAAUAAGACCCAGGAAUAUGUCUAUAAAGUGAAGAAUUGCAUGGUGGAAUAUGAAGAACAGGUUGCAUUGCCAUCAUCAUCAACAGUUACCUCUGAUUUGGUGUACUGUAUUUAUUUUUUAUGUGCUAACUUGCUUCAUCAGUUAGUUACAGGGAGCAUUCUCGACACAAACAAAAGCUGUAGGUGUUUGUACUUGGCUCGAUCUCUUUAGAAUAUGCAGUUGUUAUAGAGGUCUGACCAAUGAAUACAUGUUGUUAUGUUACAUUCAUAACAGUAUAACCCAUCAGAAGAAACACAACUUAAUAAAAGUGUAUUUGUCCAUUUUCGUGAAA